AUGAGUAUGGGGAUUCCAUUGAUAGUUUUAUCAUUUUUCUUUUUAUCGGUACUCUUUAUAAUCACAUUAAUCAUAACAUCUAUAAGGUUAUGCAAAUUCCAAAGUUUUUCAUCUGACUCAUGGAUCUCAAAGAUAUUUUAUGUGUUUCUAUUCUUGGUGUGUCUGGCUAGAGCUGCUUCCUUCGGUGUGGCAUCUUUUCUUUACGCAGAUGCAUAUCAUUCAGAGCAACAUGAUUACUUUAUUAUUGAUGUGCCCAAAAAUCAAAGUGAAUAUAAGAAAUUUCUUCCCACUGAGGAAAAAGAAUAUAUGGGUAUUGAUCAAAGCCCCAAAAGUCUGGUCUUGCUUAUUCUUGCCCCAGAAUUCCUAGUCAUUUACGCCUACUUAUUAUUAUUCUGGCAGUUAUUAUCAAUCUAUUAUGAUGGGCAUGCAAACAUUUUCAGAUCAGUUCUAAGCGGAAAAGGAAAGUACGUUGUUAGUUUCAUCGGUGCUUCACUCUUAAUUACAUAGCUGAUUUUUAUCAUACUCUAUAUAAAUUCUCAGAUGGAUGCCUCAGCCUUCACCAAGGAACUUAUUAUUUUAAACUUUACAACUCCUAUAUUGAUUCUCGUAAUCAUGCUUGCAAUAGCUUUCAAAUUCUCAGGCAGUCCGAUAAGAGCUGCAGUAUAUACUUAAAAAUUGAAACUACUUUAAAUAGCUAUGCUUAUAUGGUCAAUAACGAGAGUUAUUAGGGGAACUUGCGGAAUAUUUGAGAGCAGGCUUUUUUACGGAAUGAUUCUUGGUCUUAAAAAUCAAGAUUAUAAUACUUACUUCAUUCCAAUGAUGAUUAUCGUAUUAUUUUUGGUAAUUGAAAUAGGUCCUUUUAUGUUUGUACUUGACUGGCACUUUAUGGAGAUUUUUACUAUGAAAGCUUUUCCUUAGACAACCACUGAACCUUUGUUUGAGGCUUAACAGCAAAAUAAUUUGUCAUAUCUUUCAGUUCAGUCCAACAAUAGAGAAAGUCUAAUGUAGUAAUAGUAAUUCUAUGACUAGUUUAAGAGUGGAAUGAGCAGUUAGGUUGGAGACACAGAUGCAUAUAGAAGUGAUUCAGUCAAAGCUUUUAAUGAAAGCUUUAAUAGAGGUCAAUAUUAGGAGGGCUUGUUCAUUUCAGAGAGAGACUUUAAUUUGUAUGAACAAUUUAGUAAGGGGAAUAAAAGGAGAGGACUAGGUGGUUUAUAUAAGGUUAAACUUUUUGAUGAAGAGAAAUAGCUAAAUGUUUAAAUGCUUUGCAGGGUAAUCAAAUUCACAAGAGUAAAGACAUAUGUCAUUGAGGAAAUAUUUAGAGAAGCACAAGCUAUCAAGAUGCUGAAAAAUAAAUACCUGUUACCAAUAAAAGGUAUCUGUUUCAACGAUAAGACAAAUGUUAUGCAUAUCUUAAUGCCUCAGAAAAUAUCUCUCUAUGAAUAUCUUCAUGAAUCUGGUCAAGCUCUAAACUCUGGCGAUAAAAUGAUGAUUGCAAAGAGUGUUGCAAAAGCACUAGACUAACUGCACUCAGCUCAUAAACCUCCUGCUCACAGUCAUCUAUCAUCUAAGAACAUAUUGCUGAAUCCAUCAGACUUCAACAUCUAUAUUGCAGACUAUGGGUUGAAGUCCUUAAAGAAAUUCUGCAAGUUAUUUUCAAGAUACUAAAACCACAAUCCUUGGUCAGCCCCAGAAGUUUGGUAGGACAUGCAAGCUGACUUCUACGAUACCAUUACUAUUGAUAGUUAUAGUUUCGGGGUAUUGUUGUGGGAACUUGAAACUGGUAAUGUUCCAUUUGAAGGACUUGAUGAGAAGACAAUGAGGUAUAUGUUGCUCGACUAGAGAUUAAGACCUUUAAUUCCUGAAAAUACUGAUCCCCUGCUUUCGGUGUUGAUUAGAAGGUGCUGGCAAGAUAAUGAGCAGAAGAGACCUGACUUCAAAAAGAUUCUUGCCUCAUUGGACAAAAUUACCAAAGCUCAAUCAGAUUUAAGAGAUAUUUCUGAUUAAAAGUCAUUUCUACACGGAGUACAUUAAAAGAUUGCAGAGACUUAUGAUGACACAUACAAUCGUCGAGAAUAUUCAAACAAGCUCUCUAAGUAUCGAAGAAUAUUGCUGUCAUAUGCAGAUGGAGAUGUGCUUGAAGUAGGGGUAGAUUGGUCGGACAAUAUGCUAAUUAAGGCCUUUGAAAGAGUUGAUGAGAUGAAGAAGAAAAAUAUGUUUAACUUUGAUGAUUUUAAGUUAAUGACUGCGGAUGCUCAUGAUCUUCCGUUUGAUGAUGAUCAGUUUGAUACUAUAGUUAAUACAUUUGGACUAGAAGCAUCGUAUAACUUAAACUAAGUGAUGGAGGAAAUGAAAAGAGUUUGCAAAAAUAAGGGCAAGAUUUUACUCAUGUGCAGAGGCUAGAGUUACCUAAGCAUUUAUAAUUAGUGGUUGCAAUUUAUUGCUGCUAGAGAUUUAACAAUUUAUGGGUAGGUAGAAUAAAUUGAUUUUGAGUCAGUUAUUGAAAGGCAAAAAGGAGUUAAUGUCAUACAUAAAGAGAGAAAAAACAUGGGAAUGACUUAUAUCUAUAUUCUAGAGAAUGAUAAAGACCCAUAGCCAGAUUUAUUUUAAGAUCAAGAAAAUGUUAUUAAUAUUUAAGACACUCUAAAAAUUUGA